CCUGGACCUUCGCACGAUGCCACGACCUGCCGGCGGCAAGGUGCGUGCGCCACUCAAUUUCUUCUCCCAUACCUGUGAUGGAGCGUUCCCGUACUCGAGCUUUGGCCCACAGCAGUCGCGACCAUCAGGACCCGCGACCAAUAUCGUGAGCACUCCGCAUCUUGUUGACCUGCACGACAUGCGAGGCCACGAGGCUGGUUUUGCCCUGGAUGCCCAAGGAUUCAUGCCUGUACGUGACGUACCAUCCUUGGUGGCGGACCUUCUCGAUACGGAUGGAAGUAUUCAUGACGUCGUCGGACGUACGCAUGACGUCGUCAAGACCCACAUGGAAGCGAUCGUGAGGCGCGUCGUCCCUUCGCCCACUGCAAUCACUGUAUUCACUGUGAUGGCACGCAGUUCGAACCCACAGGACAAGGGCCUGCGGCGACCAUCUCCCUUGAUCCACGUCGACCAUACGCUCUCCUCGGGCGACUCUUUCGUGACACUCUUCCCCAACCACAUCCAAGCGGAAAUUCACGCAAAUCGCCUUCGGGUGCGGAUUCUCAGCGUGUGGCAACCGCUCGUGUCUGCCGUGCAUGACUGGCCACUUGCGCUGGCGGACGCUCGAACGAGUUCGCCGAUGUCGUUGUUGGACUGCGAGACCCGCUUCGCCAGUGGCAAGACUGGUGCCAUGUCGGUCAUGACAUACGACCCGAACGCAGAGUGGUGGUACUGGAGCGCCAUGUCUGAAUCCGAAGUCCUUGUGAUCAAGAAUUACGACUCGAAAGAUAGCCAUGGCUGUGCGCCACACACAUCUUUCGUCGACCGACGCGUCGGCGCGGCGACGGAUACGUUCCGUAAAAGCAUCGAAGCUCGUGUCCUUGUGGCGUCCUCCAUGUAGACAGCAACUCCAGGGUGACACAACCUCUGCCGACCUCGCACGUCACGCCUGUGCGCCAGCACUGCUUUCGCGAUCGUUAAAAGGAUGUAAACUGUUGCGCGUUCGUUUGAAUGCUGGAUAUACCCAUCGUCACGA